CGGCCGUGGAGUCACGUGUUAGAGCGCGAGGCGUCUCCCGCCGGGGCGCUUCCUGUCACGGCUGCCUCGGCGGCCCAGGGGCCGCGGGAGGCCUGGGCGGUACCGGGCGGGAGAAGGCCCGGGUCGGUUUCGGAUCCGCCGCGAGACAGGUAUCCAGGCUGCCAAGAUGCCAGGGCCAAGACCUCGGAAGGGCCCUCAGGCCAGUGGCCAGGGUGUGGCAGCUGCCAAGCAGCUCGGACUCUUUGUGGAGUUCAGCCCUGAAGACGUGCUGCUGGGGGUGGAGGAGGCUGAAGACGACGGGGACCUGGAGGCAGAGUUGCUGGCUCUCACUGGGGAAGCAGGGACCACGGGCAGGAAACCAGCACCCAAGGGGCAGGCCCCCCUGCCUAUGGCCCACAUCGAGAAGUUGGCAGCAGACUGCAUGCGGGAUGUGGAAGAAGAGGAAGAGGAGGAAGGGCUGGAGGAGGAUGCAGACUUGCUGACGGAGCUGCAAGAGGUCCUGGGUACAGAUGAGGAGGCUGGGGCCCUGGAUGGUGAUGAGACAGCCAGCCUGGGUGGCCCUGAGGAGAAGGAACAGGAAAAUGAACCUCCGGUGCAAGCAGCUCUCUUGACAGCUCCGGUCCCAGCAGCUCAGGCUGGAGGGCCCCGGGGGCUGCAGGCCCUGUUGGAGGAUCGGAUCCGCAACUACCAGGAGGCCGCGGCCAGUGCUCAGGAGGCAGGUGAAGCGGCCAAAGCCAGGCGCUGUGAGCGCGGCCUGAAGACACUGGAGUCCCAGCUGGCUGCUGUGAGGAAAGGCAAAAAGAUCAGUGAGGGUGAGAUCCCGCCUCCUGUGGCCUUGGGCAGAAGGCCUCCGGCCCCCCAGGAAACAAGCGACAGGAGCCCUGAAGCAGAAGCCCCAGCUGCCCCCUCCGUGGAGCCAGACAAUCCCUCCCAGCCUGAGACAAGCCUCUUGGGCAGCCCUGGUAUUUCUGCCCCACCCGACUCAGACCCAGACCCACGGGCCCUGCUGUUGGCCCGACAGAGAGAGUACAAAGUGGCUGCUCUGAAUGCCAAGCGGGCUGGAGACCUAGACCGUGCCCGAGAGCUCAUGAGGGUUGGGAAGAGAUUUGCUGCUGUCCUGGAGGCCCUGGAGAAGGGGCAGCCUGUGGACCUGAGUGCCAUGCCCCCAUCACCAGAGGACCUGAAGCCCCUUCCACAGGCUUCCCAAGUCCCAACAGCGCCCUCAGAUACACCCCCAGCAGUGGAGCGAAUGCACCCAGUGAUGGCCUCUGACAUCCCAGCAGCCCCCGUGGCCCCUGCUGAGCCACAGACAGUGCUGGAUGCCCUGCAGCAGAGGCUGAACAAGUACCGCGAGGCAGGCACCCAAGCUCGGGGCAGUGGGGAUGAGCGCAAGGCCCGGAUGCACGAGCGCAUUGCCAAGCAAUAUCAAGAUGCCAUUCGAGCCCACCGGGCAGGACGGAAAGUUGACUUUGCCGAGUUACCUGUUCCUCCAGGAUUCCCCCCUAUACCUGGCUUGGAGCCCACCGUGGCUACUGAGGAGGAUAUGAUGGCAGCUACUUUGGCAGCUGCCCGGAAACUGGCCUCCUCAGAGGAUACAGCCCCAGUAGAGGAAGAGGAGGAGGAUGACAAGGAUGAGCCCCCAGCCCAGGCCCCAGUGGCCAAGAAGCCAGCACAGCCUCUCGUCCCUUCAUCGCGGCCCCUGCCUGAGCCCAAGACCUCGAGUUCUAAGGAGGCGCUGAGUCCAUCUGCACGAGAGCAGCUGGCCCUGCUGGAGGCACGGAAACUGCAGUACCAGCGGGCAGCCCUGCAGGCCAAGCGUGGCCGGGACCUGGAGCAGGCCAAAGCCCAUCUGCGGGUGGCCAAAGCCCUCGAGGCUCAGAUCACCCAGGUGCGAGCUGGCCGCCCUGUGGACCUCUCCAAGGUACCUUCACCCUUAACGGAUGAGGAGGGUGACUUCAUCCUGAUCCACCAUGAGGACCUGCGACUCUCUCAGAAGGCUGAGGAGGUGUAUGCUCAGCUACAAAAAAUGCUUCUGGAGCAACAUGAGAAGUGUCUGCUGUUCUCCAAGCAGUUCAUGCACCAGGGCAACGUGGCUGAGACCACCCGGUUUGAGAAGCUUGCUCAAGACCGCAAGCAGCAGCUUGAGAUCCUGCAGCUGGCCCAGGCUCAAGGCCUGGACCCUCCCAGCCACCACUUUGAGCUGAAGACAUUCCAGACUGUGAGGAUCUUUGCAGAACUCAACAGCACAGAAAUGCAUCUGAUUGUUGUCCGGGGAAUGAACCUCCCAGCCCCUCCAGGAGUGACCCCUGACGACUUGGAUGCUUUUGUGCGGUUUGAGUUCCACUACCCUAAUUCGGACCAGGCUCAAAAAAACAAAACAGCUGUGGUGAAAAACACAAACUCUCCAGAAUUUGAUCAACUCUUCAAACUAAAUAUCAACCGAAACCACCGGGGCUUCAGGAGAGUGAUUCAAAACAAAGGAAUCAAGUUUGAAAUCUUCCACAAAGGAUCCUUCUUCAGAAGUGACAAGCUGGUUGGCACAGCCCAGCUGAAACUGGAGCGGCUGGAGAAUGAGUGUGAGAUCAGAGAGAUUGUGGAGGUCCUGGAUGGAAGGAAGCCCACUGGGGGCAAGCUGGAGGUGAAGGUGAGGCUGCGGGAGCCUCUGAGUGGCCAAGAUGUGCAGAUGGUCACCGAGAACUGGCUGGUCCUGGAGCCCAGGGGCCUGUGAGGACAUACUUUCUUCUGAAUACAAUAUGGAAGAAAUUUAUCUUAGAACCAGGAAGUCUUGCUCACAAUUAAAGGGUAAACUAGUUUGCAUUUUACUACUUUCCUUUCUCACAGUUCUAUUCUGAAACCUACAUUGUUUCUUCCCAGUUUUUGAGUGCUUGUUUUCCAAAUAUUUGUGGGCAGUUUUUAAACACUGUUUUACCCUUAAGGCAGCUGCUUUGAAGAUGAAACUGUGGGGCUGAGACUGGCAGAAGGCAGCACCAGGAAGCUUGCACCUGGUUCAGUUCCAUCACAGAUGGAUUCUUCCCUUCUCUUAGCCUCAGCCUCCCAAACUCUAGAAUGGACAUUCUCAUUCCUCUUAUGCUCCUUUUCCCUUCUGGCUACAUUACAGUCCUCCAAAUCCCAUUACCGUCAUUAUUAAAAUUAUUUCAGCAUUAUUAUUAAACAACUAUCACAGACUUUUUCUAGAAACAAGUGUUCAGCAGACUUAUUGUCUGAAGUGCAUUAAGUGCAUAAAUUAUUCCCAAAAUGACUAUAGUUAUGAUAGACGAAAAUUUGGUUGGAAAUUCUGGGCUCACCAGCAUUCAGGAACCAGUGUAGAUGACGGAAGACACUGGAUGGGAACUUACGCAGGGCAAAGUUCAGUUUAUCUAUAGCCCUAGAGACCAACUGUAAAGGAAAUGAACUUUGAAUAUUUACUGGAAGGACUGAUGCUGAACCUCCAAUACUUUGGCCACCUGAUGUGAAGAGCUGACAUUGGAAAAGACCCCGAUGCUGGGAAAGAUUGAGGGCAGGAGGAGAAGGUGGUGACAGAGCAGCAGAUAGUUAAACAGUGACUCAAUGGACAUGAAUUUGAGCAAAUUCCAGGAGAUACUGGAGGACAGGGGAGCUUGGCAUGCUGCAGUUCAUGGCCUUGCAGAGUCAGACACGACUGAGCGACUGACCAAGAGUCCAGUAGGUGCUCAGAUACAUGUUGAUUUAAAAAAACUGGAGAAACUACAUUGCCUAGCAUUUGGUGAGAAUUUGGUGAUUUUUUUUAAAUGUAGUAUUACCAGAAUGGCAGUUCUGUUCCUCAUUAUAGGAUCUCUAUAUCUCAGUCUGAGUUUACAUUAUAGAAGAAUCUGCCUUAUUUAGAAACAUGAUGUUUCCAGUUCUAUACAGCAUACAGUAUAUAAACACAAAAGUUAAGGAAAACAGUAAACUAGCCUUGGCUAUCUUAUGUCCAAUUCUACAAGAUGAUUUUGUUAAAUAUAAAGGACAUUUUAUGCAAUUGAGAAUGGACCCAGCUCUGCAAGGCCAGAGUCUGUUCUUAGAAUAUAAAGGUUUGCACUGACCUGGAAGAAAUGUGUACAACUGCAAGGUCUGUUUAGCUGAGAAGGAAGAAAGCUAACUCCUAUAGGACUGAACCAAGAGAGCCAGCUCCUGUGGAAGCUCCAGUUUAGACCAAGCUGGAUGUUGGACCCCAGGUUCCUACUACCCCUGUUAACAAGUGCACCCUGUGCCUGUCAGGUUUAAGGGUGACGGCCCAGGGCUCGGUCCUCACAAGCUGGUGUUCAGUGGGCACCCGUUCUUCCUUUGGAAGCUCCCAGGCUAUGGGAAAGGUUACAAUCCCAGCCCUCUGCAACCACCAUCAGUGAAGCCUAUGAAGAGGCAGAUGUAGAAUGUGGAUUUUAGGGAUAAACCUUGGGCUUCCCUGGUGGCUCAGCAGUAAAGAGUCCAAUGCAGGUUCAACUCCUGGAUCAGGAAGAUCCCCUGGAGGAGGGCAUGGCACUCCUCCAGUAUUCCUGCCUGGAGAAUCCCAUGGAUAGAGGAGUCUGGCGGGCUAUAGUCCAUUGGGUCACAAGAGUCGGACAGAACUGAGCGACUAAACAAAACAAGAGACACCUUUGGGCCUCAGAAAACAGCUACUAACCUAAAGGGAGUUCAUCAGCCUGUAACUGCCAAGUACUAGGCCUAGCUGCAGCCACUGGGGAGCAGCCUGUCACUGUCCCAGGCCUGCACUACCUUCCAGGGGAUUCUUGGAGCUGUGCUUUCACUGCAGAGGGCCCAGCCUCCCGCUUGGCCUGGGGUUUUAGAAGAUGCCAGUGACAAGGAAGUGAGCUGCCCUACAGCAGUGUUUUUCAAACUGUGGGUUGUGCAAUCUAUUUUGUCUGACUAAAAUUUUUAAUUAAGGAGAAAAUGAUCAGAAUGCAUCACAUAUGUCAUAGGUAAAACCAAAUCCUGGCUUCUAAUACCACUUCCACUAAAAAAAACCCCCCAGCUGAUUCCAAGGCUGGCACAGGGUAAGCACAAGAUGGCGCUGGGGCAUCUUGUUAGGCCAGAAAAGGAAGUGUUAAGAAACAGGAGCAUGUCACAAGGAUGUGGGAGCUCACCUAAAUAAUGAAUUAGAACCAUUCAAAGAGUAAUCCCAAGUCCAUAAUGAAAGUUAAUUAAAUGAAUAAAUAAGAAAGGGCUUUGGGAACUUUCUUGGCAGUCCAGGGGUUAAGACUCCAUCCUUCAAUGCAGGAGAUGUGAUUUCAGUCCCUGGUUGGGGAACUAAGAUUCCAGAUGCUGUGCAGUGCAGCACUCCCCCCGGCCA